AUGAAGGUAGCAGGAAAAUCAGGAUUAUACUUCAUGGAUGUGGACUUUUGGGACAAUGGUGCUGGCUUUUCUACCGAGGCAUAUACGGCGAGGAGCGGUGAUAUAUUCAUUUUGUCUAGCUCGAAACCUGAAUCUGCAGAGGACCUUAACCGCUACGGUGUGACAUAUUGCUUGGCAAUGGUCACUGAGGUUUCUUUGGAUGAUGAAUACCACAAGUGUUUCAGAGUUAAAGUUGCAAAGGAUAUUGUAAUCAAGUCACUGUUAGCCCCAACAAAUUUGGGUGAAGAUGUAUGUGGUAUCUGCAUUGAACAGGAUGGGGGCUGUUUGCCUUCCUUGACAGAGCAAUUACUUUCGAUUAAACUUAAUCAGUCACAAGUGGAUGCCAUUGAAUCUGUGAUUUCAGCUGUACGAUGUAGGCAUAUGAACCUCUUGAAGCUUAUAUGGGGUCCACCAGGUACUGGAAAGACCAAGACUGUUAGUGCUUUACUAUGGGCUUUGGCGUGUAUGAAAUGCAGAACUCUUACUUGUGCUCCCACUAAUGUUGCUGUCGUUGGAGUCUGCACUCGUUUCCUUCAGAACUUGAAGGAUUUCAACCAGCACAUUGACGAAAAUGGUCUACCCUUUUCUCUUGGAGACGUCGUGCCGUUUGGGAACAAGCAGAGAAUGGACAUCACCGAGGAUCUUCAGGAAGUUUUCUUGGAUUUUCGUGUGGACGAACUUCUUGAGUGCUUUUCUUCGUUGUCUGGAUGGAACUACAGAAUAGCUUCAAUGGUGUCCUUUUUUGAUGACUGUGCUUCACGUUACGAUAUGCUUCUUGAGGAUGAUGGGAAUAGUGAUCCUGUCAGCUUCCUGGACUUCAUAAAAAAGCAGUUUGAUGUGGCAGCAGUAGCUCUUAAGAGAUGCAUAGUGAAUUUAUUGGUUCACCUUCCCCGAAGGUGCUUAUCUCAUGAUAGUGUCAUAAAUAUAUCUACAUUGCUUAAUAUGCUGGAAAAUUUUGGUGGUCUUCUGUGUGACGCGCACUUGACUGACGAGGGCUUGAAAAGGGCCCUUGGUUGUUUGUCAACUGAAAACUCCGUUUGUGCACGACCAAUAUCUUCUAUUGAGAAGGAACUGGAUGGAGCAAGAUCUGCAUGCCUUAAAUUGCUUAAAGAUCUACAACACUCACUCAAUUUACCCACUGGAGUAGACAAAAACUGGGUCCAGAGCUACUGCAUACGCAAUGCUACACUUCUUUUUUGUACUACCUCCAGCUCUUAUCGGUUGCAUCACAUGAAGAUUGCACCCCUCGACGUCUUAAUCGUUGACGAGGCUGCUCAAGUGCGGGAGUGCGAGUUGGUGAUCCCACUACGUUUGCAUUGGUUGAAGCAUGUUGUUUUGGUAGGAGAUGACUGUCAGCUGAGUGCAAUGGUUAAAAGCAAAGUAUGCAAAGAAGCUGGCUUUGGUACAAGUCUUUUUGGGAGAUUGGUUACACUGAAAUUCGGUAAACAUUUGCUGAAUAUACAGUAUCGGAUGAAUCCUUGUAUUAGCCUGUUUCCAAAUGCUCAGUUUUAUGAGAGGAAGAUUUUAGAUGGUUCAAAUGUCCUGUCUCCUAGCUAUAACAAGGAUUAUAGAGGCCUCCCAUUUGGCAGCUACACUCUUAUAAAUGUCACUGAUGGAAGGGAAGACAAAGAGGGCACAGGAAACAGCCGACGAAACAUGGUUGAAGUUGCUGUUGUUCUGCACCUCAUCCAAACCAUCUUUAAAUGUUGGAAAAGUACAGGCAAAGCGCUUAGCGUCGGUGUGGUCUCUCCAUAUAGUUCUCAAGUUGAUGCAAUUAAUGUUAGACUUGGCAAAAAAUACGACACAUGUGAUGGCUUUCAUGUGCGCGUCAAGUCCAUUGAUGGUUUUCAAGGAGAAGAGGAUGACAUAAUAAUACUAUCAACGGUUAGAUCCAAUGGGAAUGGAGUUGUUGGGUUUCUUGCUGAUAACCAAAGAACAAAUGUUGCUCUUACCAGGGCAAAGCACUGUCUUUGGAUUGUUGGUAAUGCUCAUACACUGUAUAAAAGUGGAACUGUCUGGGCAGACCUUGUUUCUGAUGCUCAAAGACGUAAAUGUGUUUUCAAUGCCACUAAUGACGCGGCCUUAUGUAAGUUGGUUUUGCAAGUAAAGAAAGAGCUUGAUGAGCUUGAGGAUCUUCUUAAUGCUGAUUCAGCUGUUUUCAGCAAUACCAGAUGGAAGGUCAUUGUUAGCGACGAGUUUAGAAAGUCUUUCACCAAGCUAAAAUCAUCACAACUCAGGAGGGAAGUACUCCAAAAGCUUAUCAAACUUGGUGAUGGUUGGAGGACAACAGUUAGGAACUUAGAUAUACCUGGUGUUUCCCAUCUUGCAAAAGUAUACAAGAUCAGGGACCUUUGUCUUAUUUGGAGUACUGAUGUGGAGAAAAAUGAAGGCAGAAGAGUGCAGACACUCGGGAAACUGGAGGUUCCUAUUAUUUGGGAUGUUGAGCAUGAUAUUAUUCGCUAUAAGAAGGAUUGCAGAGUUGAUGCCCAGGAAGAGCUUGAUUUAGUAGAUACGUCAUAUACUAUGGAAAAUUCGAAAGUUCGCGAAAGUUUUUUGCUGAUGAAAUUCUACUCGUUAUCAUCUGGAGUGGCAAAACAUUUGCUGACAGCUGUGGAUGGUUCUGAAAUUGAUAUCCCCUUUGAACUGACUGAUGAAGAGAAGAUGAUAAUCCAAUUCCCGCUCACUAGUUUUAUACUUGGGAGGUCAGGCACUGGAAAAACCACUGUAUUGACAAUGAAACUGAUUCAAAAAGAGCAGCACUCAUUGAUUGCAUCCCAAGGCCUAAAUUUGGAUGGAGCUGAUUUAUCUGGGGUGGAUGAUAAAAAUAUUAUGCCACUGAAGGACAUAGGAGAAAUUUUUGUGAAACAAGUGUUUAUAACUGUAAGCCCAAAGUUGUGUUCAGCCAUAAAAAAUCACAUUUCCGGACUCAAAAAGUUUGGCUCCGGUGAUGUGUCUGAUCAGCCUAGCAUUCUUCAUAUGCACGACAUCUUUGAUGACCAGGAAGAGUUUACAGAAAUACCUGACAAUUUUAGCAAUCUGCCUCAGGAGCACUAUCCUCUUACUAUAACAUAUCACCUGACGAAGAAUCUUGACGCAUCCACUGUCUUCACUGAAAUAAUUUCUCAUAUAAAGGGUAGGUAUCAAGCAAGGAACCCAUAUAUUGGCAAGCUUGGGAGACAAGAUUAUGUGAUGCUCUCAGACAAAAGAUUUUCAUCUCUGAACAGUGAGAAGAGAGAUAGGAUUUAUAAUAUUUUCAAUACUUAUGAGAGUAUGAAAUCCACUGCCAGAGAGUUUGAUUUAUCAGAUUUUGUCAACAGUCUUCACAUCAGUCUUGUAUCAGAGGGCUACAGUGGAGAUCUGGUGGAUUUUGUAUACAUAGAUGAGGUGCAGGAUCUAACCAUGACACAGAUUGCACUUCUUAAGUAUGUCUGCAGGAACUUCAAGGAAGGCUUCCUUUUUGCUGGUGACACUGCACAGACUAUAGCAAGGGGUAUCGAUUUCAGGUUUGAAGAUAUCCGUUCACUUUUUUAUACUGCAUUUCUCUCCGAAAAUGAGGCGUUUAAUCAAGGAGUUCAACAUGGGAAACAAGUCCAACUCUCUGAUAUGUUCCAACUUACUCAAAAUUUCCGCACACAUUGCGGCAUCCUUGACAUGGCAAAAAGUAUCAUGAGCCUUCUCUACUUCUUUUUCCCAUCAAGUGUUGACAAGCUUAAUCCAGAGACUGGACUAGUAUAUGGAGAAGCUCCCGUGCUGCUGGAGUCUGGUAAUGAUGAAAGUGCAAUUAUGACUAUAUUUGGAGAAAUCAAAAGUAAGCAUGGUAACACGCAAGGAUUUGGUGCUGAGCAAGUCAUAUUAGUUCGGGAUGAUGGUACCAAAAAACAAAUUGUUGAUCUUGUUGGCAAACAGGCUCUUGUUUUGACUAUUGUUGAAUGCAAGGGCCUUGAGUUUCAAGCAAUGCAGACAGGAAGCAGUGCUGAUGAUUGGAGACUACGGGGAACCAAGUUAUUCAACGAGGGGCAAUUUGAAAUGGCUACGAUGUGUUUUGAAAAGGCUGGUGAUGCAUACAGAGAGAAGUGGGCAAGAGCUGCCGGACUUGUAGCAAUUGCUGAACGUGCCACGUCCUCAAAUUUGGAGAAUGGCAAGGCUCCAAUGCAGAAAGCGUCAGAAAUCUAUGAGUCCAUAGGCAUGCAUGAGAAAGCUGCUACAUGUUAUAUCAAAUUAGGCGACUACAAAAAAGCAGGUAUGCUCUAUAUGCAAAAAUGUGGUGCUUCCAGGCUUGAGGAUGCUGGUGAUUGUUUUGCCAUGACUGAGUGCUGGUUAGAGGCAGCUAAAGUGUUCUUCAAAGCUAAAUGUUACACCAAGUGUUUAUCAAUGUGCUCGAAAGGAAAACUAUUCGAUCUUGGCUUGCAGUUCCUGCAACAGUUGAAGGAGGAACAUUUGCUUGAGAAUUCAAAAUCCUUGGAGGUUUCUGCUAUUAGAAAGACUUAUCUUGAAAGUUGUGCUCAGCAUUAUUCCGAGCACGGCGACAUAAUACUUAUGAUGCCUUUUGUUAGGGCUUUCAGUUCUAUGGAUCAUGUACGGGCAUUCUUGAAGUCUAAGAAUCUUCUUGAAGAACUGUUUAGCUUAGAGGUGGAUAGGGGUAAUUUCCUCGAAGCUGCCGGAAUAGCAAAGCAAAAAGGACAUAUCAUACGGGAGGUAGACAUGCUCGAGAAGGCAGAUCAGACUGAGGAUGCAACGCGGCUUCUCCUCCUCCAUAUCAUUGCAGAUUCCUUUUGGUCUUCAAAUAGUAGAGGGUGGCCUCCCAAAAGAUAUCCAGAGAAGGAACAGUUGCUUGCAAGAACCAAAGAGAUGGCGAAAAAGGUCUCUGAGUGCUUCUACUGCUUUGUUUGCCUGCAAGCUGAUGCACUGUCAGAUAUGAACAAGUCUCUUCCCAGUUUAAAUUGCACUUUUCUUGAAGGCAGAAAAUGUGGAAACUUGUUCGCUGAAUUUAUUGCUUCCCGUUCGAUUCUUCAUGCUCAUCUUCAGUCUCAAGUCUCUGGAUACAAUUUGGAAUUAGGGCCAGGAUCUGAAGAUGAAAGUAGCUGUAAUGAUAUGGUGGCUCGUAACCAGAUAUCACCCGAAACCCUAGCGUAUGCCUGGAAUAACUGGAAGUCAAUCAUAAUCAAAGUACUAUCUCAUCUUCGCCACCCUGAUGGUCCAGAAUUAAAUGAGUAUGAAGAUCUUUACGCUAAGUACUUUGGGUUGAGGAAAGAUGGUGAAGAUGUCCGAUAUGUUGUGCUAAACAUGAACUCAAGUUGGCUCUCUAACGCAGGCAGAAAUUCUUUGCAGCAAGAUGGCAACCGAUGUUGGCUGGAUGUCCUUCAGUAUCGUUCAUGUGCCCAGUCUUUCUUGAUGAAUGAGUUGUCUUCUGUUGGCUUCGGUGUACUUAAGAAGCUGGAGUCCAUUGCUAAAAUUUCUCCAAAUGCAGCAUCUUCAUAUGCCCUGGUGAGAACCAUCCUUAUUGUAAAGGAGAUAGCUAACUUUCUGGAAGAACCAGAGUUCAGUAUGCCGAAAAGUACAAUGAAGUUAAGAAGCUUCUCUGUUCUCUGGGAGCGUCGCUUCUUCGAGUUAAUUUUUCUUUUCUGGAGAGAUGGGGCAAGGAGGAGCCUCUUGCAUAUACUUGACUCACCAGCUUCAUAUGGUUUGAUUUCUGAUUACAUAGGUGCAAAUCUUCGACCAACAAAUAGAAAACUGACUCAUGGAUAUCUUGGGAGGACAACCAUACUUCUGCUCCAUGCAGCACGAUUGGAUGAUGCACUAAUUUCAAGGCUGCUACAGUACCUAGGCAAUGAUUCUGAGUGGGCAAAUUUUUAUGGAUCUUUGAAGAGUUUUCUUGAUACUGGUGUUGAUACCUCUUUGAUCUCGAACUUAAGGCUUGCUCUUGACUUUACCUUCAAUGGUGUGAUAUGGAGGGAGGAACUGGACUACAUAUCCCCAAUAUGCUAUGUGGGUCUGAUGGAGUGCCUUGGUUUUUUGUCUUCAGCACACCUGCUACAGAAAGGUUGUGGUGUGUACUGCACGAAAUCUCAGUUGGUCAAUAUGCUGGAGUGCCGCACCAGCAAGGUUUACCUUGAAACCUGCCUGAAAAUGCUUCUGGAGUGGGUCCGGAGGACUUCAACUCCUAGUAGUUCAUACACUGAAGUCCUCCUGAGACUAGUGGUCAUACUUUAUCCACUGAUCCUAACUCAUGACGUGGGGAUUUCCUAUUAUAAGAUCACAAAUACUCUUCUGGACUGUAGAGUCUUCGAGGAUUUACCUCGGGAGUUCUCUCAGAAGAUCUUACGUGCUUUGCAAAUGAGGCCUCGUGCACCAAGCAACUUAAUAAGAGUGGUUCCUGACGCACUUGCUGCAAUAGGAGAUCAUAUGGUCGUUAUGGGUUCGUCCAAAGGCCCAGCAAUCUGUGAGAACAUAAAUGUUGUUAUGAUUAGCAAGGAGGAUUUGUAUGAUGUUCCGAAGAUAAUGGCUAUUCUUUGCCCUGAAGAGGGAAGUUCUGUAAAGCAAGAGGCUGCACUGCCAGAAAAAUCGGAUGGUAACAAACUGUGUAAUGUUGCUGGAAACGUUCCUAAGGCUGUACAUGAUACCAAGGUGGAGAGCACUGGAGAGAUGGAUUUAAGUGGUGAGACUACUGCCUUCUGGGAGAUGGUUGAGACUUUUCAGGUCAACAAGGAAGGCCAGAAAGAUGCAAGGUCUAUUAUUCAGUUCCUUAGGAGCGCCAUUCCAUGGCUGACUGAUGCACUACUGCAAGAAGAGGUCAGGCACAUCUGCAGUGAAUUCGAAGAACGUUCUGCCAGGACGGAGAAGACAGCUUGUCAGACUGUGGAGGAUCUGUACUCAAUGUGGCAAGAUCGCGAGAGCAAACUGCAGACGGUCAUCAGCUUCCUGCGUUCCACAAGGGCGUCCACGAAAGAAGAUGGCAGAAGGAAUGAAGCCGCAGCCGCCAUCCAGCCGCAGACUGACGGGGCAGACGGACAGGCUGGAUGUUCGGGCAAGGAGGCGGAAUCGGUGAAGGAAGAAGCGGUCACACAAAAGGGCGCUCAGAAGAAGAACAAGAAGAAACCUAGGAAAUCCAAAGGCCGUGGCAAGAAGUGAGCCACUGUAGGCUGUAGCUGGUGCCCAUAGGCCAUAGUGCAGUUUCCCACCCUGCAAACCGUUGCCUGCAUUGGAGACACUUUUGUUUCGUACCCACUGUAAAACCAACUACUGUU